GAAAGCAAGCUGUUCCGCACGUUUAGAAAAUAAUCCGCGUGUCAGUGUAAUCUUUCUUAUGCAAAGUAGCUGUCUUUGAAGGCGGAUCUUUUGGCAGGUUAGACCGGGACAGAGGCUCCGACCAGCUCAGAGGAAGCGCUGCCACCAAACGCACCAGGCGUGCCUACCCUGGGGAGGAGCGAUCCGAUCCUGCCUUUCGGUUUCUGCUCUCUUCUCGUCACUGAGGACGUUUAUCUGACUCGCUCUGGUGGUUCUGCGCGGAGCCAAAUGCUGAAGGAAGAGGGUUUUUAGUGUUUGUUUUUUAAUUGUUUUUUGUUUGUUUGUUUUGUUUUGUUUUUUUGCUUGAACUUGUUCCUCACCGACUGGAACCGCGCCGCGCCGCAGCGCGGACACGCACAAACCUGACCCCCAGAAAAGUGUCAUGAGACGUGAGGACUGAGCGGCGAGCCGGCUGGAAACCAAACGGAAACUACAGAGUGGACUGGCUGGUUGUGUUGUAGACUGAAGGAGAGGAAGUCGCUCUGUCUGGGAGCAGCAUGGACUCUGACUGCGCGCUUGGAAACAUUUGCGCUCCGUCGCGCGAUUUCAGCCCGAAACUCUGAAGUGAAGAAUGAUUCUGCUACAGAUAUUUGAGAUGUGUUCAGCUGUGAGACUGAGCCUCUUCCCAGUGCUGCUGCUGCUAUGGAGCAGCACUGGGGCUUCGGCCAUCAGCUCAAUAGACCCAGACUGGUCCGGAGAGGGGAGGUGUCAACACAUAAACAUCCCCCUGUGCAAAGACAUCGGCUACAACAUGACCCGCAUGCCCAAUCUCAUGGGCCACGAUGACCAAAAAGAGGCCGCCAUCAAGCUGCAGGAGUUUGCCACACUGAUCCAGUACGGGUGCCAUAGUCACCUUAAGUUCUUCCUGUGCUCGCUUUACGCUCCCAUGUGCACAGAGCAGGUGUCCAACCCCAUCCCGGCCUGUAGAGUCAUGUGUGAGCAGGUCAAGCAGAGGUGCUCACCCAUCCUGGAGCAUUUCAAAUUCCCCUGGCCUGACUCUUUGGACUGCUCGCGUCUGCCAACUAAAAACGAUCCAAACAACCUGUGCAUGGAAGCACCCAACAACGGAUCAGACGAGCCUCCGAAGGUCUCCAACACCCAGUCUCCAGAGUUCAGGCCACAGAGACCUGUUGGUGGACAAGAUCUGCACCUUAAGGACAGCAAGCAUAUGUGCAGCAAUCCUGGCAAGUUCCACUUUGUGGAGAAAAGUGAGUCCUGCGCCCCAAAAUGCUACGCAAAAGUGGAUGUUUAUUGGAGUCAGGGCGACAAGCAGUUUUCUCUGGUGUGGAUGGCCAUCUGGUCCAUCCUCUGCUUCGUCUCCAGUGCCUUCACUGUCCUCACCUUCCUCAUCGACCCACAACGGUUCAAAUACCCAGAGAGGCCGAUCAUCUUCCUCUCCAUGUCCUACUGUGUUUACUCUGUGGGCUAUCUUAUUCGGCUCUUUGUGGGAGCUGACAGGAUAGCCUGUGACAGAGACAAUGGGGUCCAGUACAUUAUUCAGGAAGGUCUGGAGAGCACCGGCUGCACCAUUGUGUUCCUCAUCCUAUAUUAUUUUGGUAUGGCCAGCUCUCUCUGGUGGGUCAUCCUGACCCUCACUUGGUUCCUAGCUGCAGGGAAGAAGUGGGGUCACGAAGCCAUCGAGGCCAACAGCAGCUACUUCCACCUGGCAGCAUGGGCCAUCCCGGCCGUCAAGACCAUCAUGAUCCUGGUGAUGAGGAAGGUGGCUGGGGACGAGCUGACAGGCAUCUGCUAUGUGGGCAGCAUGGAUGUCAAAGCUCUCACAGGCUUCGUGCUCAUCCCUCUCUCCUGCUAUCUCAUCAUCGGCACUUCGUUCCUGUUGUCUGGCUUUGUGGCGCUCUUCCACAUACGGAAGAUUAUGAAAACAGAAGGAGAGAACACUGACAAGCUGGAGAAGCUGAUGGUCCGCAUCGGGGUCUUCUCUGUGCUCUACACCGUCCCAGCCACCUGCGUCAUCGCCUGUUACUUCUACGAGAGGCUCAACAUGGACUACUGGCGCAUCCUGGCAGUGGAGCAGAAGUGCGUGGACAGCAGCGGGCCAGAGUCGGACGACUGCAUCAUGAAGGCUUCCAUCCCCGCCGUGGAGAUCUUCAUGGUGAAGAUCUUCAUGCUGUUGGUGGUGGGCAUCACCAGCGGCAUGUGGAUCUGGACCUCAAAGACACUGCAGUCAUGGCAGAACGUGUUCAGCAGGAAGCUGAAGAAGAGGACAAGGAGGAAGGCCACCAGCGUCUUCACCAGCAGCAGGCCUUAUAUCAAACCUCACCCAUCUCUCAAAGGCCCCAACACAAAGUACGAGCCCACACGGCCCCCUCCGACAUGUGUAUGAGCCAGAUCUCUUGGUGCAAACUCAAAUGUCCUUUUAAAACCCAGAGAAAGACUUCUGAUUGAUCAGAAAAUCGUCAAAAGAUUCAGAAUUCCUGUUUUAUUUAUGUGUUCUGCAUUGAGAACAUACAACAUGCCCCUGUUUUUGUUUCUUCAGCCAUGUCACAACAAGAGCAACCUUUACGUCUGAGAAAAAUCUGCCUCGCCGUCACUCACUUUUUCAUUUCAGGAACUUGGAUUUGAAAAAAUAUAAAAUCUAAUUGUGCACCUGAAGAGAAUAAGUGAAGUAAACUGGAUUUGUAUUACUUGAAUAACGUGCAAUAGAUGUGAGAGGCUGGUAGAUGACAGAUGUUCGUUAUUGGAGGUCCAGGCAGUUGAACCUCACCAGAAGCCAGUGUGGCAAAUUCCUGCCCUAAAUUAAUCAAGCACUCGAUUUUGAAAAGUUGUUUGUACACUGUUUUGCUUUUUUGUCUUUGCUAUUUUACAGCACAAGGGAGUAUUUGUAUAUAUUUCUAAAAAAGUUGAGAUUUUAUAGAAAAAAUAAUAAAACGUUCUAGUUUUAA